UGUCGACAAAAGGAAUACUAUAGAAGAUCUCUCUCGAAGAAUAUAUGGAACUGAAAUUGACAAACACAAACAAAUAUAAGGGAUUAAAGUUUAUUAUAUUUUUCAACGUUUAUAAAGUAACAUGAAUGCGAUUCAAAAAAUAUUUUCAACUAUAUUUUACAAGUGUAUAAUGCUAAGAAUUUAUUUUUUCUCGAUUUCUGCAUGCAUGCUAGUCUAUAAUAUUAUCAAAUUAUAGUCUAAUUCUUUUCUAAUAGUAAUUCGAUGAUUCUUUCUUCUCCUUAAUCGAACCCAUAACGUAGGAGCUGGACCAGAUGAGCUAAAAAUCAGGCUGAUAUCCGUACAUAUGCAAUUACAUCCACUAAUGACAGUUUAGGAGAUGCUAAGUGGCUAUAACUAUAAAUGAGCCCACACCACACGAAGUAGAAGCUAAUCACCAAACUAUUCACUUGCUUUCGUGGAGAUAUAAAAACCGCCAGUUAGAGGAAAACGUGUCAUUAUAGGUAGGGUUCACUAGGUUUUUAGCUGACAAGUACAGAUCGACUAUAAAUACAAAGUUGGAAACCUCGAGAGUCUCACAUACUCAAGCCAAAAGUUAGUGCCAUAUAUAUUGUCUUAUCACUUUCCGCACUUUUGUUUUUAACUAACUUUUAUAUAUAGAUUAAGAUAUUAAUGUCAUCGGAGGAAUACGUUAGGGUUUGGCCCGAUUCCGGUGAUCUUGGAGGAAUUGAGCUGACCCUAGCUUUGCCUGGCACUCCGACAAAUGCAUCGGACGGUCCAAAAAAGUGCCGAAACAAACGUAGAUUCCUCGAGACCGUUGAUUUAAAACUCGGGGAAGGACACGAGAAUAAGUAUUUCUCAAGCCUGAUCACUAAGUACGUACGGCAUAUUAAAUUUCUGUUAUCGUUGCAUGUAUAUGCAUGUUUGAUUGAUCUUCUUUAUUGUGGUUUUAGUGACCAGUUGGUUGGGUGGCCGCCGGUAACGACGGCGAGGAAAACAGUGACGACGACGGUGAGGCGGAAAUACGUGAAAGUGGCGGUGGAUGGUGCGGCUUAUCUCAGAAAAGUCGAUCUUGAGAUGUACGAUUGCUACGGGCAACUUUUCACCGCUCUAGAAAACAUGUUUCAGGGUAUAAUAACAAUAUGUAAAGUGACGGAGUUGGAGAGGAAGGGAGAGUUUGUGGCGACUUACGAGGAUAAGGACGGUGACUGGAUGUUAGUCGGAGAUGUCCCGUGGAUGAUGUUUGUGGAAUCGUGCAAACGUAUGAGGUUGAUGAAAAUAGGAGAUGCUAUUGGAUUAUAGGUCUCUCCUUUCCAGACCGUAAACGCAUCGGAUCUUCGAAAGGCUAUAAGAUUAAUGAUCACAAAUGCAUAAAAUAUUGUCAGAGAUGUAUACAUGCAUAUGCAUUUUUGAAUUGCAAUAUGCUAAAUAUUUAAUUUCAAACCUUUUGUGGCCGUCGAUUUUGUAUGUAAUGUCCUAUUGUUUAAAUGACUUUUAAUAACCACUAUACAAACAUAAGUGUAAUAAUCACAACCACCUUUUAA